UCCGGAGCAUAUUCCCACACGAACCGACUGAAAGCAAAAAUCACCGGGAACAGCAUGGAAAAAUGCCGAAAACGUAAGAAAGCCACGUCAGAUCACACACUAUUCCCUCUUCCACACACCCUAAACCCCGGGGUGCUUUGCUGCGGCUUUGCUCUGUUCCUCCGGUGCGCAGCAGAGGAGAAAGGCAGGGGGCUCUGCUUCUAUAAAAGGCAGGGCCACCCCCCUCGCUCCGAUCCCCAGUUCCCACUUCCCACACUUGUCACCUUCCUCCCCUGCCACGGCCUGCGACGGAUAAGAGAGAGAGAGAGCCCGUGAGCCAACAGCGCCAGCCGCCCAUCGAGCGAGAGGAAGAAGAGGAUGCACCGCGCGGCGAGGAGGCUGAUGUGGGGGACGAGCGCGCCCGGGUCCGACGUCCCCAGCGACCACGACGUCGUCAUCGUGCUCGCCUCGCUGCUCUGCGCGAUGAUCACCGUCCUCGGCAUCGGCCUCGUGGCGCGGUGCGCGUGCGGGCGCGGGCCCAGGCACCCCGCCGCCGCAGCCGCAAACAGGGGCGUCAAGAAGUCGGUGCUCCGCAAGAUCCCCACCGUGCCGUACGUCGCGCCUGCGCCCGCCGCCUCCUCCGCCUGCGGCGGCGACGAGGAGUCCGGGGAGGCCGCCGCGGCGGCGGAGGCGGAGGAGAAGGCGCCGGAGGAGUGCGCCAUCUGCCUGGCGGAGUUCGAGGAGGGCGAGGCCGUGCGCGUGCUGCCCCCGUGCGGCCACGGCUUCCACGCCGCCUGCAUCGACAAGUGGCUGCGCGGGCACUCCACCUGCCCCUCCUGCCGCCGCAUCCUCUCCCUCCGGCUGCCGCCCGGCGAGCGGUGCCGCCGCUGCGGUGCGCGGCCCCACGCCGGGGACGCCGGCUGGAAGCCGACCUCCUACAACGGCGUGCCGCCGUUCCUGCCGUAGGCAGCUGCAGCCGUGCAGCACUGACCGGCAGCAGAGAGGCUACUAGAGCUAGAAGAAGACAAAGACCGGAGGAAUCGACCAAUCCAAAAGCAAACCGCUCGGAAAUUUGGGUUGGCGCAAAGCUUUCUCUGAUCUGGGUGGUCCUAUUUCAUAGGCGAAUCCGGAGAAAUGUAGUUUGCAUGGCGUAACUGCUCGGAAUUGCAUGAUGCUUAUCUUCUCGGUGCUGGGAGCUGGUUCCUGAGUGAGGGAAUAUGUGUCACUGUCACCACCUAAAAAAAGUAAAAAUCAAUGAACAGGGAGAUACUUCGUACAGCUAUUUGCCCGUACAGCUCUGCCCCAUCCGUUUCUCGCAGUCUCGGGUCACAUGAGGUGUCGUUCGGGAUGUAUGCUACCAAUCCUUUUGAGCUUCGGCUGCUGGUACCGAUCUACUUUAUAAACAUCAAAAUUGGAUGGAUGAA